UCUGAUUUGGUCAACCAGUAUGUAAAUGCCUUUCGUCAGGCAGGGGGAUAAGUGAAGAAGUUGAUUAGAGCUCUAGCCAGGAGCAGUUGUUGUGGAUUUAGUUGGUUAAGCCCCCUUCCCCAGUAGACCACAAUACAGCUAUGCAUUCCAGUCCAGUCAUUCUGAUUCACUGGACACCUGUGCAGCACCAUAGCAGGGCUGUUUCCCCGCUGUAUUAACUCUACAAGCAUGCUGGAAAUGAAUUUAAAAGGCCUCCGAAAUGAAAUACUAAUGGAAUGUAAAGCUAAUCUAAAUAUGCUAAUCCCCAAACACUUCAUAAACAUAGACAGCAACAGCCCGCCACCCACUCUCUGUAGUCGCUGGCUGUGGAAUGCUUUAGCCACAGGGGGUCCAGCAGUAAUGACAGGCUUGUGGUGGAUUAAUGUGGAGUUAUUUAUUUCCGAUUGAGCGAGUCCCCCCUCCCACUCAUACCGCAUGCUACCCCCUCCUCCUCCUUUUUUUUUUUUUUUUGCAGGCCCCGGUCUCCAUGACUCCUAGAGAUACCCCGAACGAGCAGUCGUAGACAUUCAUUUAAUACAGUCCGUCUUGCUAACAUGCCCAGUCUACCGCCGACAGGCCUCACACUGCAUUCUGGGAUAUCUUCAGCCCUUUACCUGCUCUUAGCUAAUUACUUUUUAGCUGUGCACUCGCACAAUAAUUGGUCUUGUGCUGCUGCCUCUCCUCCCUCCGCUGCGCCAAGUGCUAGUUUGAGCACUUUUCCCCCCCUUCUCUGUGUCGUCCUUAUUCCCCUGUUUUUUAUCGUCCUCCAAAAGCCAUCCAAUUAAUAUGCUAAUGAGCUGAUAAAUAUUUAUAGGGGUUUAAAUUAUGCAGAAAGCUUUCAGAGCCCGGUGUGAAAUGCGUCGCUCGCAGGACUUCAAAGCCUUGCAUUGCUAACGAGGCAGGGGCAGAUUUGCAUACGGCUUUAAUCAGCUGAAUACUGAUUAUGCUUCAUUAUAGAGUUUGGAGGGAGGGUAGCAGAGUUGGAGGAGGCCGCCAGCUGCACUUGUCGUUUGUUUCGUUCCAGCAAGAGAGGGAGAGGUUGAACUUUUUCAGAAGUACAGACAAUCUUGGCACACGAGAGGGAGAGAGAGAGAGGGAAGGAGAGGGAUAGAAAGGGAGAGUGAGUUCAAAGUAGGCACUGUAAAAGAGAGAGGGGCAGAGCUAUAAGAAAAUAAAAGAGUACAGAGAGAGAGAGGGAAGGAGAGCUGUUUGCCUAAACCCUGUUGGCUUUCCCAGUGUGCGUAUCCCAGUGUUGUUCAGUGAACCGUGCUGUGGACAGUGCCACUGUGUCUGUGUGUAGCCCUGGUUGUAUUGAACUCCGCUUGCUGCUGACCAGUGGAGAGUGAAGAGAGGGAGGAGUGGGAGGAGGAACAGAGUACCGGUCACCCUGUCGGUGGGCUUGCCCGGCAGAGGCGAUUUUCCACGAUAGGUUCUGCAACCAUGCUGGAAAACACAGGUGGAGCGAGAGCGGAUGCUAAAGUGAAUAAUCAGUCAGAAACUACUAAAUGUGCAAUGGAGAGUGGUGACGCGAACACCGGAAUCACAACCAAUGGCUUGGACUUUCAGAGGCAGACGGUGCCAACCACAAGUGCAAUCACGAAUGCACAUGCACAAGCCCUCCUCCAACAGUCUAAGUCGGAAGACUCGAGUGCUCUCCCGACCUCCGUCCAGCAGAGCGUAUUGCCUCAAACCCAGCUAAUGUUGGCCGGGGGACAGAUUGCAGGACUGACCCUGACCCCGGCACAUCAGCAGCUGUUACUCCAGCAGGCCCAGGCUCAGCUCCUGGCUGCAGCCGUGCAGCAUUCAGCCAGCCAGCAGAACAGCACCACUGGGGCCAGCAUCUCGGCCUCCGCAGCCACACCCAUUACCCAGCUGCCCCUGUCACAGCCCAUCCAGAUCGCCUCUCAGCUACAGCAGCAGUGUCUGCCUCAGUUUGUUCUGGUGCAGCCUGGCAACCCGAUUGCCACACCACUGUCGCCCGGUCAGUUCAUCAUCUCGCAGACACCGCAGGCCCAACAGAGCAUGUUGCAAGCCCAGAAUCUUCUAACUCAACUACCUCAAAGCCAAGCUAACCUCCUGCCGACUCAACCAAGCAUCACCCUUGCAACUCAGCCUGCAACUCCAACCCGCACAACAGCAGCCACACCUAUUCAGUCCCUGCCCCACAGUCAGACCCCACCUAAACGGUUGGAUACCCCCACUUUGGAGGAGCCUAGUGAUCUUGAGGAACUGGAACAGUUUGCCAAGACCUUCAAACAGAGGCGUAUCAAACUGGGCUUUACACAGGGGGAUGUUGGCCUGGCCAUGGGGAAGCUGUAUGGAAAUGACUUCAGCCAAACGACCAUCUCUCGCUUUGAGGCCUUGAACCUGAGCUUUAAGAACAUGUGCAAGCUGAAGCCAUUGUUAGAGAAGUGGCUCAAUGAUGCAGUUUGUGCAGAGAACCUGACAUCUGACCAGGCCCUAUCCAGCCCCAGUGCCCUGGGCUCCCCGGGCACGGGCAUGGAGAUGCUCAACCGCAGACGGAAGAAGAGGACCAGUAUUGAGACCAACAUCCGAGUGGCCUUAGAAAAGAGCUUUUUGGAGCAGAACCAAAAACCUACCUCUGAAGAGAUCACCAUGAUCGCUGACCAGCUCAACAUGGAGAAGGAGGUGAUUCGGGUCUGGUUCUGCAAUCGCCGGCAGAAAGAGAAGAGGAUUAACCCUCCUAGCAGUGGCAGCAGUGGAGGAGGCAACACCCCCAUCAAAACCAUUUUUACCCCAAGUAGCCCGUUGGUGGCCAGCACAGCAAGCCUUGUGAGCAGUCCAACUAUAAACACACCCACCACUCUGACUGUAAAUACGGUGAUGCCUCUCACCAGCACCAGUUUGGCUUUCACAGGUUCGACGGUUGGAGCCACAAAUACAGCAUCUGUCAUCUCCACUGCACCUAUGGUUACUACGGUAACCAGCUCCCCAUCUUUAAGCCCAUCGCCGACGACUAUUCAGUCCUCAACCACUGAGAGCAAGAUUGGCACUCAUGCGCAAACCAUCUUCACCCAGGCCCCGACGUCCAUAGCCACCACUUUAGGUGGUCAGGUGAUGGUGGCAGCUCCAGGGUUUUCUACUGGCCAGUUACCCACCAGCAUCGCUGCUAUGGCUGCUGCGGCAGGGCUCAGCCCAGGACUGAUAGCCUCCUCUCAGUUCGCUUCAGGGGGGGCCUUGCUCAGUCUAACUCCUGGUGGCCUUGGCAAUGCGCUGAGUCCUGCCCUGAUGAGCAACAGCACCCUCAUACAAGCUCUGGCAUCGAGCGGCACAAUCCCCAUCACUUCUCUGGAUGGCAGUAACCUGCUGUUCGCCAACACCUCUGCUGGUAACACGCCCAGCCUGGUCACCACGCCGCUCUUCCUGAGCCCCCAGAACCUGGGGCUGCUCGCCAGCAACCCCGUCAGCCUGGUGUCGGCGGGGGCGGGGCUGCAGGUCACUGCCGAUCAUCAAGCCACCACGGCUGCUGUGCCUGUGCAAGCCUCGACCAUUACCACUGCCUCCAAGGCUCAGUGAAGCCAGUCGGGCUGCAACCUGAAUUAAUGGACCUAUUUCUUAUGUCGUGCACUACUCCUAUCACACCACGUAGGGAAUAGGGAGGUUGUUUGAUAUAGGCUCUGCGCUUCACUAACCACCCCACAUUCUUUCCAUUGUAUCUAUCAUUAUUUAAUCCUUUUGCUGCCACCAAAAAGAAAACAGCCUCGAAUGAGGUUGGGGUUGACUUUUUUUUUUUUUUUUUUUUUUUAAAGUUUGUUUCCUGUCUUUAUGAUUCUUGGAUGGGUUUUUUUCCACAAACAGUUGCCAGAUGGACACUGUUGUUGGCCUGCCGCUCCUCAUGAACCUUGACAAGUGUCCAGGAAGAAAAAUAUCCUUGGCACCAUCAAGCUGUUCAUAUUUUGUACAUAUAUAUAUAAAUAUAUAUAUAUAUCCUCCUAUUUCCAGGUCAGAAUUUUGUCUGAAAUACUUCUAACCAAAAACUUUAGGAUUUUUCUCUUUUAACAUUCAAACUAAACUGAUUUACUACUAAUUUCACAAUACUCAUCAUCACUAAUGGGGUUUUGUGUGUCACCCCAUCUUUAAUUAUCUCUUCCUUUUUUUUUGACAGGCCUUGACGUAAAAUCAUAUCAAAGUUAUAUUGUAGAGACUUUUUUUUUCUUUUAUCUUUGCUGUCUAUAUUUUUUGACAUUUUCAGAACUUUGUAAGUCUAAUAUAAGUUAAGAUUUAACUAUCAAUUUUUAAUCGUGGUUAUAAGGCUUUAAAAACAAGUAAUAAGUGGCCGAUAUAAAGGUUAUCAUUGCUUUAAGGGUCAGAGGGACCAGGUGUGUCCCUCUGAGUCUCUCUUUCUGGAAACACUGACUUUUACAUUUCGCUGUGGUGGUGAUGUAGCUGCCGAGCACUUGUAAAAUGACGUUCUGGGUGCGGAUUCUAGACACUGAUAGAAAACAUUACAUUGAGAGCUUUAAAAAGAGCUGCAGACAUGCAGUCCCGUGUCCGAUUUAAGGGUGAUUUCUUUUGGAUGGAGCUCCAUUGGAACUGUAUAUUAUGUUUGGAGGUAGGAAUUAGAAGUCUGCAUGUGUUGUCUACAGCUCAGGCAGAUGCUGAGAGUUCAGUAACUGCAUGAUCCACGAAGCUCUGCGGCUGACUGGUCUGUCUUUGGGGGAGGACUGGUCAGGAGGCGUGGCCAUCGUACCAAAUGUAUGGUGUCAUUGGCUAGAUUGGGUUAUUGUAUUGUGUUUUCUGUUUUCUUUUUUAAUGGUAGUACCGUCAUAUCUACUUGUGCACAGUAUCUGUACCAAAAAACUGGAUUGAUGAGCUGCAGUCUGCCUGUUUUGGGAGGAAUGAAAUUCUGUCUUUCUUUUUUUUUUGUCUGCAGUCAUGGGACUGGCAUACGUACUUUAAGAUAUACCAAAAAUAUUUGUUAAAAUAAUUGCUGUUUGUAGUCGGUGUAGCUUAGUUGAGUCAAUAUAUUUAUGAGUACAGAAUCUCUCUUAAUUGUCAACGGAAUAUAGAAAUGCAAUAUUUUGAUGAUCAUUUUCCAAAGAUGACCUUUGUUUUUAAUUUGACCAAGUGUCUCAUAGCUCAACGUUUUGAUUGGCAGCACAACUAACCAAAAAUGGAGGGAUUGGCAGGUUGAGGCAUGAGAGAGUAGUUUCCUUUUACUCUUUAUGAAUUAUUUUCUUGAAUCACCGGGGCCCUCGCCCCAGCGCUUGAUCCUGGUUUUCUUUUAGGCAUUUGAUGGCUUGUUUUCAUCUGUUGUGGCCGUUUUGGUAGCAGUUUUGGACUUUUCUGACCCAUAGAGGAAAGGUUCUGUUUUUUGGUUUUGUACUAAUAUUCAGCCAUAAAACAACAGCUUGAACCAAAGUGGUUUUCCUCAGUAGUUGCUGUGCCUGUCCGAGCACAAGUUGCCGUUCACACGAUCUCUCUUCUCCACACUGCUGACAAAUUAUUUUCCUCCUCUUCUUCUUCUGACACCUUGGUCAGUACCCAAUAAUUUUCCCGAUUCGGUGCUGCUGGAUAAAGGAUCACAGAAACUUAGCUUUAAGAACCUGCUGCUGAAUCUCCUGCUGGAGUUGAGCUGUUAAGAGGCCUGCAUGCUUUGCUAUAGCUUUAUGACUACAUCCUGUGGAAAAUCAGGUUUUGUAGUUUCGACCCUCUCGCCUGGAGGGCUCACCUAUGUAAAUGCAUAGUUGUGAUCAUCAGAUAACAUUCUACACCUCCUCUCAGCGCCGCCAUUUUGAACCAGCAUGUUAGGAAACAAUGUGCUGCUCCCUAAAUCAUUAUGUGGACUAUUGUUCAAACCUGCCCAAUUAUCUAAGUACUGUUAUGUGCUACACAUUCAGCUAAACCCCACAUAAGAGUAGCAUUGUUCUGCUACUUCCAAAUAACAAAACGAGUGGACUCACUGAGACUAUGAGCGGUGAGAUUUGUCCACGUUCUCCUGUAGUGUACUUUUUUUCUGUUGUUAAUUAUUUUGACUGAAUAUACCUCAGCAGCACUUAAACACAAAGUUCACCUUUAGACAUUUCAGUGUAUAGAACGGUGUAGAAUGUACAAGUACUGUCUGGCUCGCCAUUCAAAGUUUAUACUGAUGAACCAUACGUAGAAACCAUACAUUAAAGGACAACCUACUACUGCUAUUUUCUAGUACUACUAUUUAUGGGGUAUUUCCAGGUUUAAAUGUUAUUUUGAGAUCCUUCUUGCCAAAGUAAAAGCCUUUCUCUUGCAGCUAGGCGGGUGUCUGGCUACUCAUGUUGCUGGUUUCCCUUGUCUUCAAGGCCACAGCGGGCCGACAGGGCUCAGUCCUAUUCCAGUGCUGUAUGUAGUUACUAAAGAGUCGAACAUGUGCUAGCAAGAGGAACCAGUUGCCAUCGGCACCAUAGGAUGUUACUGAAAUAUUUAUCUGAGGAAAGACUUAAGAAUUAGAGAAACAAUCUUUUCUUAAUUCUAUACAUAUAAAUAUAUAUAUAAACACUUGUAAGAUAUUCAUAUUUUAUAUUUGAACCAGUAUGUUAUCAAGACUGAAUGUAGUGUUUAUCAUGCUUACUCAAAAGAAAAGAAAUCUCCCCUAAAUCUUCCUUUUUAUUAUUGCAAACUAGCAAUUUUUUUUUUUUUUAAACUGUCAUGACCAAAAAAUGAGAGAUGAAACCUGAGAUCACGCCUCGGUGCAGCGUGAGCCGCUGACACGUGUGUGUGUGUGUGUGUGUGUGUGUGUGUGUGUGUGUGUGUGUGUGUGUGUGUGUGUGUGUGUGUGUGUGUGUGUGUGUGUGUGUGUGUGUGUGUGUGUGUGUGUGUGUGUCUGUCGUAUAUCUGCGAGGUCUCCUCAACAGGAGGGGCUCAUUCAGGCGCUCCUCACUCUGAAGCAUCUGAUCUUAAUCUUUUAAUAGUUUUGUUUUAAUGUUCUGUGUUGUUGGAGUCGUUGUGGACUUGAUUUGUUGUGCUGUCUUUAACAAUCAUUUGAUUAUUUUUUUUAAAUAUUACUUUAUGCCUUUAAUUGUUUUGUAUAGUGUGAGAGGGCACGAUCACUGGCUUUCUUAGUUUGACAAAGAAAAUUAACAUUAUCAUUUAUGCCUUAUUGUUAUGUAGAAGACAUGAGCAUUGUAGCAUUGUUGUGUGUGUGUGUGUGUGUGUGUGUGUGUGUGUGUGAGAGAGAGAAAAGAACGAGAGCUUGAGCUCACCUGGUGCAUUGUUUUCACUGAAACAAUACAGUGUGCUUUGGGCAUUUUUGAGCAUGGUUCAGUUGCUACCUAUGUCUGUUAGGUGUGACUCAGACAGGUUGAGGAUACCUGUGAGAAAAGCUUUACUAAUAAUUCCAGCAGGUGGGUGUGUGUGUGUGUGUGUGUGUGUGUGUGUGAGAGAGAGAGAGAGAGAGAGAGACAGUGUGGGUUUAAAAGGAGAUAAUAGGGAGGGCAGUCUGCAUACUAUUGUGGUGCAUUUUUUUUCCCCAUCUUCCAGCGGAUGUUUGAGAGUGAUUUUUGAAAAAAUGGUGAGAUGUGAGCGUACUUAUUUUUGUCUUAGUCCAGCAGGGGGGUCUCUACUGAUUAAUUGAAGCUUUUAAGCAAGCCAGUUUGUGAAUCAUAAAGGUAAAACUACAGUUUGUGGUCAUUGUUGGGACUGUUUCAUUUCUACGAAUGAACUUCUAAACUGUCAGAUGACGAUCUUUAUGGCUACUGACUCGGCUUUAAUGGUUUAUUUUCACGAAGGAUCGUGAGAUUUUGAGAUGCAGAGCAGCCAUGCAUCAAGUUGUAGUAUGUCGGCCCACCACACUGGUUCGCUGGUUUUUAACGUUGACAAAGAAAGUGCGGCACACCAGUAAGGCAAAAGGAGCUAUUGUAUACCUCAUUUCUAACUCAAGACUGAGUGAAACCUGCUUUAAUCUACUUAAGAAAUAAAAAUAUUUAAAAAAGAAAAAAAAAACCACAAAAAAUUGGUGAAAAUACUCAAACUUGUGUCAGUGGAGAAGCCCGUUCAUACCUGCGCUUCGUGAAGGGGUUGUGUAAGAUGCCACCACAAGGGGGAGACAGAAUACAUACCAGUACCCAUGAAUGUCUGCUGCGUUUUUUUCACAAUUCGGUGUUUAUUAUGCUGCACACUGAUGUAUUUCAGCAUUGGAUGGAAAUUGUUUUUGUUCAAGUUUAUUUUAAUAUAUUCCUCAAACUUUUUGAGCAUCCCUUCUUUAAGUUUUGACAAUCCUGUUUUUGUAUUAUUUUGUUUGUUUUUCACCCUGACCAGGGGCAGGUAUGUGCAAGUCUUCCCAUGUAACGGUGUGCUGUCGCAGCCCGCUCUCGCUCUCUUGUGGUACCAACAUUAACCAAAGACUUUAAACUUGAUUGUAUGUGAACAACACCGCCUCUCGCCCGUCCCCGCCUCACUGCUCAGCAUCAAAUCCCGGCUGCACGCUCUCACCAGAGCCCCUCCAUUCACCUUGUAGACAGUUUGCUGUUUUAUUGCAUGCGAAUGUGUAUCCGCCCGGGAAAAAAUAACACUCCGGCGUCGCGUUGGUGCUGCGGUUUCAGUGCCUGUGGGUGGGGAUCCGAGGGGAGGGGUCGAACCAGGGGCUGAGCGGGCUUCUCUCCGGCAGACACACAUGAACCAAUCUGGUGGUAGCUGGGUGAUGUUUGUUAAUACACACUGAGGGUUAAUCCUGUGCACACUGUAAAUGCUCAGGACUCUGUAUGUUUGUAUGUCUUGAGCUGUUGCUAGGAUGCCCCCCUCUUCCCUCUCCUCCUCCUCCUCCUCCACUCUUUCUCUCUCAAGGACUGUGGUGAAAAUGCUGUUCCUGCCUCUCACAGUAUGUCCGUCUCUUCCUCAUCUCUACACUGUAUAGUCCCAGGACAUUAACCCUGUUGUCUCCAGGAAUACACAUCCUGCGGUUGCUAAAACUCACUGCUGUGUCCCCUCCUCCACCACCUUCUUCCUCCUCCUCUGCUCUGCCCUUUGACAUCGUCUCUUCACUACAGACUCUGAUCAGCUGUGACACUAUGCAUCAUGGUCCGUCACUCUGCAUGGACUGUGUCCCUUCCGGCUCAGACCUCCUGGCCGACGGGCUUCAGUGACACUUUGUUUAAUGCUUUACUCCGAGUGAGGUUUUAAGGACCUCGCAAGCGCUAUCCCAAAGCAAAAAUCCAAAUAUUUAACUUUUGACAAAUGCAGAUACCAAAGAUAUCUCUCUGUCCUGUGUCUUUUUUCUCUCCCUUCCACCCUGCAGCAUGUGUAUUAAGAGACAAACCCAGCACUGGCUUUAGUCCUAGCCUCAGUAAUUCCAAAGCUUAGAUGUAUAUUUUGGUAUAUUUCUGAGAAAAAAAACUUGCGUGAAAAGCGUCUGUUUCUCGUUUGUUUGUCGUAAUCUCUUUUUUCUGUCACAGCAUGGAACUAAUUGCAGAACUGUCUUACUCUUGGUAGGUUAAAGAUAUAGUAUUUUUGUAUGUUUUUUGGGUGUGUUAUGUGUGUGAUUAUCAGUUCACAGCCCAAGUGACCAUGGCUUUCAACAAGCAAGAAAAAUGAGAGGAAAAAAAAAAAUGAGGAAACGCCAACCAUGUACAUAUAAUGUCUGUGUAACUAAAGAAAUGCAUUCUGUAAAACAUUUACUACUACUCACGUUGGAAGCUUGGGCUCAUCUAAAGGAAUGUGUCCUAGAUUUUAUUUACCCUUUUUCUUAUACUGCAGUCUGAUAUUGAAUUGUCUUCCCAGGACUCUUACUGUAAAGAGUCCUGGUUUCCAUCAUGGACAACAACACUGAGGGGACACUGCUCCGAUCUGACUACAAGGAAAAAAAAAACAAAAAACAAAAAAAACAACAAAACAAAAAAAAAAAAAACAGAAAAAAAAACAACAAACAAACUGCCUCCAGUCACGGUGGCAUAGAACUGAAAGAUUGUGUAGGAGUUUUAAGUAUGUGAAUCAGGAUACAUAGUAGAUUUUGAUGCAUUUGUCUGCUGUAUUUUUGUUUGUUUUGUUUUUAUACACAUAUAAAGAUAAUCUUUUACUGUUAAUGUACAGUUCUCUUUUGUUGUAAACAUCAUUAAACCAUUUUCCAAGUGU